GCCAGAAAAGAUCAACUUGGAGCCGUUUGAUCUAGGGCAUAAACAGUCGAAACCCUCGAUAUAGUCUUCUCUAUCUCAUUCUCGCAGGCUUAAGUCUCCUCUGCUAUCGCCCAAAACCCUGGUGUAGAGAGAGAGCGAGAGAGCCCGGAACUUGUAAAAGAUGGUUCAGCGUCUCACGUAUCGCACGCGACACAGCUAUGCCACCAAAUCCAACCAGCACCGUGUCGUCAAAACCCCUGGAGGCAAACUAGUGUACCAGAGCACUAAGAAGAGGGCAAGUGGACCUAAGUGUCCCGUCACUGGAAAGAGAAUCCAAGGGAUUCCUCAUUUGAGACCUGCUGAAUAUAAGAGGUCUAGGUUAUCUAGGAACCGAAGGACUGUUAACAGAGCUUAUGGUGGGGUACUGUCUGGAGGUGCUGUCAGAGAAAGGAUCAUUCGAGCCUUUUUGGUGGAAGAGCAAAAGAUUGUGAAGAAGGUCUUGAAGAUUCAAAAGGCAAAAGAAAAGCAAGUCUCAAAGAGUUAAAGAUAUAAAGUUUAGCGUGUUUCAAGCAGCUUUAGCAUAAUUUUGGCUGUGGCAGAGUGGCGAACUAUGGAGAAGUAAUUUGAGGUUUCCUUAUUUGGAUCUUUUGCAUUUUUCUUUUGUUGGUUUAAUGCAAGGACUCCCAUUUUGUCGACAAAUCCACUAUUCUAAGAUUUUGUUUGUUACAAUGUGAUCUCAUAUUAGUUUUCUACUCUUAAUGUCGGGCUCGGAUGUUUCAUACA